AUGCAGCUAGUCGAGGACAGCAACUACUCCAGAUUAAGCACAGAAGUGGCUGAGAAGAGCCAUCAACCGAGGAACAUGAGAGGAGAGGAACUCCAGGAAUUGAGUAUUGAAGAGUUGCAAAAGUUAGAGAAAUCGCUUGAAACCGAGUUGAGCUGUGUGAUAGAGAAAAAGGAUGAAAAAAUCAAGAAAGAGAUCAAUCAGCUUAAUCAAAAGGGAAUGCAACUCAUGGAAGAGAAUGACCGCCUAAGACUGCAGGUGGAUAUAUCGAAAGGUCAGAAAAACACUGCUGCAUCUGAUACAGUGAACAUAGUCGAGGAGGAAGGUCAAUCAUCGGAGUCUGUUACUAAUGCUGGCUGCCAUACUUGA